UGGCUGAGUUGCUGUUGUUCCCAGUUGCUCCACUUUGUUAUAAUACCCUAACAGUUGACCGUGGCAUAUUUAAUAGCAAGGAAAUUUCAUGGAUGGACUUAUUGCACAGGUGCCAAUCUAUUACGGUACCACGCUUGAAUUCACUGAGCUCCUGAGAGCAACCCAUUCUUUCACCUGUAUGUUUGUAGAAACAGUCUGCAUGCCUAGUUGCUUGAUUUUAUACACCUGUGGCCAUUGAGGGGAUUGGAACACCUGAAUCACAUGAUUCAGAGGGG